CCGUUGUUGUGAUUACAGGGCGACGAGUGUACAAUAAAAUUAAGUGAUAUAUGAAGUUAGUGUCUUUUAUGUGUAUUAUCUAUGAGUUAGUGGAAUUUUAAUUAUAAACAUGCAAUACGGCAUAAGUUGGAGUCUCCAUAAAAGCGAUUUAAGCAGCGGUCUUGCACAGCUACAGUUGAAUGAAGAAUUCGUUGAUAUGACACUUGCAGCUGAAGGCCAUUUAGUUAAAGUUCAUAAAAAUAUAGUGGCACUUGCUAGUCCAUAUAUUAAGGAAAUGAUGAAGGCAAUUCCAUCCCCUCACCCAAUUAUAUUCUUAAAUAAUGUUAGUCAUCAAGUAUUAAAAUACCUAUUGGAAUACAUUUACACAGGAGAAGUACAAGUGCCAAAUAAUGUGAUUAAUUCUUUCAUUGAAACGGCAAAAUCUCUUUGUAUAAAAGGCGUUGAACAAAUUUGGACUCCAGAAGUAAAUAAUGAUUACAACAAACAAAAUGAUUGUAGUGAGAUAUUCAGAGACCCAGUGGAAUCGUCAGUUCAGAACGAUAUUCCAUCUGGUACUUUAGAAAUACAGAAGCUAGAAAGUAAUGUUGCAGCCCAGAUAAGAAUCAGUGAUAGAAAUGUUUUUGAAAUAAUCCCAGUAACACAAAGUAAUGAAUUAAGUUCAAUAACUUCAAACAAUAUGCAAGCUGACAAAGAUUUCAAUGCAUUUAGCAAUAAUGAAAAUAUUAAUGAAGAAAUUGCUGAAUUUGAUCUAAUUAAUAUUAGCCAAUCAAAUUGUGAAAAUGCAGUAGAUUCACAUAAACAACCAAUUAAUGAAAGUUUUACGCCUAGCAUAUGUAUAACUUAUAAUAAUGAUGGCAACAACCAACCAACUACAGCUGAUAUUAGUAUUUCUGAAAUAGUACAGUCAGAGAGAAAGUCAUAUAGUCCCAUAACUGAUAUAUUAAAAGAAAAUAUCAAGGACAUUAUCAAAGCGAGAGCUUUAACACCACUCUACACAAUAUCAAAUAGAGGGUCACUCCAGUUGAUGUUGAACCGAUACAUGUAUUGUUGUCACCACCAAUCAUUCAAAGGUAGAAAGCGGCGAUGGCGAUGUGUGGAUUAUCGGACAAAACACUGCAAAGCACUAGUGGACACUGAAGAUGAAACUAUUACAAGAAGGUCAGGCUGCCAUAAUCAUUCAUAUCAUGACAGUAAAAUUGUAAAAAAAUAUAAAAAAUGUUAUGUUUACACUAAGAUAAAAGACGCUGAAGAUUCCUGUCUCAAGCAUGUAAAAAACUGAAAACAAGCGUUUGGACAUAUGGAGCAGUAAGCAGCAGUUUCGUAGCAUGAUUGUGAUUGUGUGAACGAAGAGGAUACCUUAAGAUAAGAUGUGCCGUAUUGUAAAGCAAUCGCAACAUCGUUCCGUUUAGAAACGUGGGGCUAUUCGAUUAGAAAUUACACAAGGUUUCCGAUUUUGAUUAGUAACUAAGUUAUAUCUAAUAUAAAUUGAAAUAACAUUAAAUUAAACCACGAAAAUAACCUGGAAAUAAACUGCAAACCUACAGAAUAUGUAGGUACUGAAUUAGGAGAAUAGCCUCCAGAUAUUCAUCUUUCCGUACGAGUACCUAUUGUUAACUAUAUGAAGUGUAAGAUUCAGAUUAAGUCUUCUACUCUCAUAUAACAAUAUUUUUACAUAAAUAAAUAUUUGAUAUAGCGCUUUGUUUGAAUUAUAGUUUAUUCCUUUCAUUGCUCUUGUAGGUUAAAUGAGCUACACUUUCUUAAUUCAAUUCAAUUCGCAUA